AUGAGUCCACUGCAUUUCACACAGAGAGUCUGCAUGAAGCUGUGAGACGGCUGGAUUUCACCAGCGACGGUCACAUAUCAAGAUGUCUCGUUGCUGUGCCGUGGCUGUCCUCGUACUCGUCCUCGCUGGAGGAUGGCGCCCUUGUGGAGCAGAUGUUGGGGAUUUUGCUCCAUGCCUGCAGUUUUUCUACAAGUCCUGGCCUCCCAAAGGUCUGUCCGGGACCCCAAUCUGCCAACGUUAUGAGAACCAGUACCGCUACGCCACAUUGUACAGUCGACCCCGCCGCUCCCCGUGGUUCUCUGGAUAUUUGUACGCCGUUCCAGCAGGAAAGAGACCGACUGCAUCGUGGAAGUUUGAGCCACAGUUAGCUUACCCCGGAGCUGAUGGCAACAUGAUCCCGUUCCCUCCGGGCCCUCUGGACCAGAACGUGGUGGAAAGCCAGGCCGUGGAGCCGGACUACAUUAACUCCACCUUCUCUCGAGGCCACCUGAACCCCAGCCUUCACCACCACAGCCGCGAGGACCGCUACGCCACGUUCACCCUCACUAACGUGGUCCCCCAGAAGGCCGGCUCCAACGACGGGCCCUGGGAACUCCUGGAGCAGAACGUCAACAACACCCUGGAGGCCUACUGUCUCGGAGAAGCUUACAUAGUCACCGGAAUCAUCCCGUACCAGAACGACGACCGCUGGCUCAAGAAUCAUCGCGUGGCUUUGCCGGAGUACAUGUGGUCGGCCUACUGCUGCUCGAGAUUCAACAGCAGCCUCCCGGAGGAACUGAAGGAGACGUUCCCCACGUUUGCUGCCAUCGGACGAAACGACCGCAACAGCACCGAGGAGAUCGUGCCUGUCGACCAAACGGCCAAAAAACAGUUCAGAGGAUACGAUGUGAGACGGAUGCCACUGGAAACACUGGAGCUGUAUCUGAAGGAGCGGUUCAAUACUGUGGUCAACGUUUUUUAUGAGCAGUGCUCCGGAUCAAACUGAUGCUGCAGAUAGUGUAGUUAGCUUGUAGCAUAACGUUAGCUUUUUACUUCUGUCGGCCGCAUUAACUCUUCAAACAUCAUAAAGAUGGC